AUGGAGUUCACCACCUCGGGAAGCUUCCAGUCCCGUCGCUCAUACCCGUCCCUCCGCCACACAUCUUUAGCACCCUUGAACCCACGAUUUCCCAUUGACGACGACACAGAUCCAACAGAAUACUUCAACAACCGCGACCAUGAAUCUCCAGCUAGCGGUACCCGCACGCCCCCAGCAUCAUCCUAUCUAUCCAGUGUCUCAGUCCCAAGCACGCCGCCGAUCCUCUCGCACUCACGCAGCAACUCACGAAGCCGCCACACGCGCAGCAAGAGCUCUACCAGGGUAGGACCCUUAAGCGACACGAACCUACACAGCAGGGGCCUAGGCCAUGCCCUGCACCACGUCCCAAACACACACAACACACAGACCGACAUCUCGUAUUCGCAAGGGCGACGCCCUCUCCCAGACAACACGCCGAAAUCCAAAUACGACGCAGAAUGGAUGCUCCGCGCAGGAAUCGCCCUAGCCUCCUCAACCCGCGAGGAAAAAGGCCAAAGCUGGCUCUCCAAGCGCGAGACAUCAACGAGUCUCGUCCCAGAUACGCCCUUCGACGAAACAUCCACUAACCGCCACCACCACCGCACCAAAUCAGGUGCCUCGUCACGAAUUUCCCGCUCUGGCGCUUCAACACCAGGAACCGGCGCUCUCUCCCGUGCCGGUAGUAGACGCGUCAGCCGGCGUGGCAGCAGAGUCCAUCUAACCAUGACCACCCUCCCGGCUGCAUCAUCUACCUCAACGCCAGUAGAGGGGACGAGCCCCGAAGUGCGCGGGCAUAGUCCUCUAGUACCAGACUUCGUAGACGCGCAUAUCCGCGCAGAGAUGGAAUCGCUACAACACCGAUUCCCCGAUGAAGACUCUGUGUACUGGGACCGUGCUGGCUCAGACGAAGAUGAGACUUCGUCCGAGUAUUCGUGUGACUCUGACGAGACGCCGGAUGACUUCGAUGAAGCGGAUCUGCAGCAGCUGACGCGUGAGCGCGGGUUCGGGCUCGGCUCUUGGAUUGAUCGGCUAGUUGAGUGGACGCUUUUCGGGGUCGACGAGUGGCCUGUAAGUGUUCCGGCUGCGACGACUGCUGCGGUGGAUGCUUCGCGUAUUGGUACGGCGGAUACUACCACUACUGUUACAUUUGAGGAACCUGUUUUGGUGGAUGGGCAGGAUGAUGAUACGCUUUCGCUUGGGUCGGUUGGGGAUGGGGGGUUGUCAGAUCGGGAGGGUUCUACCGGUAGUGCUGCUUCUAUUGAGAAGCCUGGGAGUCAGGGUGGGUGGGAGGAUGCUGGGUGGUUGUUUCGUUUGAUGAAGCGGGCGGUGAUAUGA